AUGUGGUGGACAUCUCUUUUUCGACCAACCGAGGAGGAUAUUUGGUCAAAAACUGAAUCUUCUACAGUUUUGUCAAAUACAUCAAUGUCUGAGUCGCCCCUUUCAACUAACCUAGAAAAAGAAUAUGAUCACGAGUACGAUUAUGAAUCUUUACCUGAAGGAUCUUCUCUUCUUGCUCAAUUAACUGCUGGGGCAUUUGCCGGGAUAUUAGAGCAUACCGUGAUGUAUCCAGUUGACGUUAUCAAGACAAGAAAUCAGGUUUAUCUUGAACAAAAACCUCCUCCUGCUCCCACGGGAUCGAAUUACUUGAAAUCAACCCUAAAACCAUCAGGGUCAAUAGGAAUAAUCCCAGCGUCCACCAAAAACCUUCUUUUUCACAAGUCAGGAAUCAUACCCACUCUCCACAAAAUAUCUACCACCGAAGGGCCCGCUGCUCUUUGGAGAGGAGUAUCCCUGGUACUUGUUGGAGCUGGCCCUGCCCAUGCCGUAUAUUUCACAGUUUUUGAGUAUGUCAAAACUACACUAGUAUCAUAUUUUGGAAAAGAUGGUUUGCCAGGAAAAAGAUCAUUUAUUGUUACCCAUGAAAAUCAUCCGUUGAUCGCGAGUAUUGGUGGAAUUGCUGCAACGACUGCCAGUGAUUUCUUCAUGACCCCUUUUGAUAUUUUAAAACAAAGAAUGCAAAUUGGAAAAUCUUUGGAGAUAAGGACUCCUCCAGAGAAUUCUCCGAUCGCUGUAAAAAGAUCACCCCGGACCCCGCUCUUACAUACUGUUCGUUCCAUCAUCAAACAUGAGGGCCCAUUGACAUUUUGGGUGUCAUAUCCUGCGACAUUGUUGUUGAACAUUCCCAGUGCUGCAUUGAAUUUUGGAGUGUAUGAGUAUGUGUCUCUUAUUUUGCGUCCUAUUCUUGAUCCCAUAGUGGCUGGUAAAUUCAAAUCGGGUGAUUCUUCCAAAGGUAACAGUUCAAAGGAGCACAAACAUCUAUAUAAUCCACUCCUUCAUUGUGUCAGUGGGACUUUUGCCGGAGUUGUAUCUUCUGCGCUUACAAACCCGUUGGAUGUUGUGAAAACUUUUCUUCAAACACAGUAUCUUUCUUCCGAUCCAAAUAUUAGGGCGAUUCAUCGACGAUGGUGGACAGUGGUCAAAUUCUUGAGUGAGAAAGAAAAUGGUGGAUACAGAAAUUUUGCUAGAGGACUAAGAGCGAGAAUAGUGGUUUGUGCUCCGGGUAUUGGUGUCAGCUGGGUAGGUUAUGAAAUGGCAAAGUGGUUCCUAACUUAA